CUUUCAAUAACAGAUAACAGUGAUAGUCAUCGCAUUCAUCGUGCAAAUUGAGUAAGUCGCCGAACAUAUCAAGAUGGCAAGCAGUAGCAAUGCAUCAGCUUCAACAGCUCAAAAGGUUCAAGCAGGUGGACUAGAGAUGAGUGCAACCGGAAUACCCAAAGCUCCAUUUAUUGAGGAUGUAGAAGCACAUCUAGGAGGACCGGAAGAAGAAGCAGAGCCUCAUUUGAGAAAAUUCCAAGAAACAAUGUCAAAGUAUAAAAUGAUGGAAAUGGACAGAAAGCAAAGACAGAGAGCAUUGAAUGAAAAGAUUCCCGAUAUCGAAAAGACAUUAAGUAUGGUGCAGCAUCUACAGACUAAGAAGGAAGCGGAAGAGGAACUAGAGACGCAUUUCGAGUUGAACGAUACACUAUACGCAAAGGCAACAAUACCGCCUGUUGAAUCGGUGAAUUUGUGGUUGGGUGCAAACGUAAUGCUUUCUUAUCCAAUUCAAGAAGCUAUAGAUCUACUCACUAAAAGACUGCAAGGUUCAAAGGAUAGUCUUAAGGUGAUUGGAGAAGAUUUAGAAUUCCUUCGAGAUCAGAUCACCACGAUGGAGGUCAACACAGCUCGCGUACAUAAUUGGGACGUAAAGAGAAGGAGAGAUAAACGUCUAGCAGCAGAAAAAGCUAAUUGAGAUAUCAAUAAAUAAUUAAUUACAAAAAACAGACAUCAUUGUAUACUAUGCAUUCGAAUAUAUCUAUCUCAACAG